UUUAGCACCUCCUAUCCAAACACCCCUUAAUUGUCGUUUUGCUCUCUUUUCCAGUGGGCAGCCACUGGAUCACACGCCUGUGACGGGCACCCCCUCCUACAAGUAACCUCUUACGUUCCAUCCCAUCUAUAGAGAGUCGUCGUCGCUGCCGCCAGCCGGUUCUUGCGAGGAGAAACCAACAUGAGGCCCAAGAUGCUGCUCGUCACGCUGGCCGUCGUCGCCGUCCUCGCAGCUCUGCCACUCGGCAAAGGGCACGGCGGAGAGGAGGGAGGAGGAGCAGCGCCCGGCAACGACGCGAACGCGCGCGCCUGGCCGUGCUGCGACACCUGCGGCGUGUGCACCAGGUCGCUCCCGCCGAUCUGUUCGUGCCGGGACCUGUCGCCGGGCGGGUGCCACCCGGCGUGCAGGAACUGCCUCCAGUCCACCACCGGCGGCGUCCGCGGAGCGCCCCUCUUCCAGUGCACGGACUUCAUCACCAACUUCUGCAAGCGCCGCUGCACGCCUGCAGCAGCUGGUGCAUAGUACUUGGGCGGUCGGCUGAAUACUUGCUCAAGAUGCAGAGACCAGAGAGGAAAUAAAAGUGGUGAUUGCUCAUCGUUUCUUACUGUAAACUGUGUUUCUGGAAUUAUGGGCUGUGGUAUGCUCAAAGCUAUGUGCUGAAAUGAUUUAAUGUAACAU